UGACCGACUACGCCCGGCGGCGGCAUCUGACUGUUCUCCGAGUCCCCAACCGACAGUGAGUGUGCUAGUUACCCUAUCCUAUCCCAUCCACCCGCCCCUCAGCUUAGGUCUCCGACGGCGGCGAGGCGAUGGCGGCUCCUGUGACGGUGUACGGUCCGGUGAUCUCACCGGCGGUGGCGCGUGUGGCGGCCUGCCUACUGGAGAAGGACGUGCCGUUCCAGCUGGAGCCGGUGGACAUGUCCAAGGGCGAGCACAAGUCGCCGUCCUUCCUCAAGCUCCAGCCCUUCGGCCAGGUCCCCGCCUUCAAAGACCACCUCACCACCGUCUUUGAGUCAAGGGCUAUUUGCCGUUACAUAUGCGAUCAGUAUGCAGGCCACGGUAACCAGACCCUCCUUGGCAAGAAAGAAGAUGGCGUGGUUGGCCGUGCUGCCAUUGAACAAUGGAUAGAGUCUGAAGGCCAGAGUUUUAACCCACCGAGCUUGGCAAUUAUAUUUCAGCUUGCAUUUGCACCAAUGAUGGGCAGGACUACUGACAUGGCAGUGGUUGAGCAGAAUGAAGCGAAGCUCGCUAAGGUGCUUGACGUGUAUGAGCAACGACUGGGAGAGAGCCAGUACUUUGCUGGUGAUGAGUUCUCCCUGGCCGACCUUGUGCACUUGCCCAAUGCACAUUUUCUUGUGAACAGAACCAACAAGGCAGGGUUGAUCACUGAGAGAAAGAAUCUGGCUAGGUGGUGGAAUGAUGUCUCGGCACGUCCUGCAUGGAAGGAGGUUGUUGAGUUACAGAACAAACCAAUGCCCUCUUGAGUCUCCCUAUUUUUUUCCUGAGCGGCUUGUAAUGGCAACUAUUUGCAUUUGUCUUGUUUUGUCAUCAAAUCAGCCAUGUUUGUACCAUUUAAUACUGUUCAGCUACCCAUCUUUGUGGUAUUGUUGAUUCUAUGUAUGGUUGAAUCUGUUCCUCUGGUC